CAAGACCCAUACACAAUACUACUAUAAAAAUUAAAAACCCUCAUACAUUCCACCGCCAAUACUGCUACAAACCAUAACACAAAGUCCCUUCAUUUAUUGAUUCCACAAAAUCAAAUCUCCCACUACCAACAACACUGCCACCACUAAAGCACUGACAACUCUCCUUCACUCCACCACUCCUCACUCUUCUCAUUCAGAUCUACCCAACACACACACACCAAAAAAUAAAAUAAAAAUGCAACUCCAACCCACUCUCUCCACUCUCUACCUCUCCCUUUUGUUAACAAUAACGUUAACAUCUCCAACCUUGGCAGCACAAAGCAAGCCGCAGGAUCUGGUCCGGUCCUCGUGCGUGCACGCGCGGUACCCGCGUCUGUGCCUGCGCACCCUCUCGAACUACCCGGGUCCCGCCAACACGCCGUUAGACGUGGCCAGGGCAGCUUUGAGGGUAAGCCUGGCCCACACGCGCCGGGCCUCCAAAUUCCUCCAUGCACUUUCUCAUGGAGGCGCUGCCGCCAUGAGCAAGCGCCAGCGCUCCGCGCUGCGCGACUGUAAUGAACAGAUUUCGGACUCCGUCGACCAGCUGCGGCGGAGCCUCGACGAGCUGCAGCACCUGCGCUCCGAGACGUUCAAGUGGCAGAUGAGCAACGCCCUGACUUGGGUCAGCGCCGCCCUCACCAACGGCGACACCUGCCUCGACGGCUUCGGAGGGAAUGCCAGGCCCGACGUCAAACGGAGAGUCACGGAUGUGGCGAGGGUUACUAGCAAUGCUUUGUAUAUGAUUAAUCGGCUCGGGCAAAGUAGAACCGGGAAGCCCAAGCCCAAACCCAAACCCAGGUCCAGGCCUCAGCCUCGCUCUGCCUCAAGUACUGAAAAAUUGAAUUAGAUGGUCUCUGCUGGGUUGGAAGGAAGAACGUGGGAACUGGGAAGUGAAGCUACUUGGUCAAGAAUAGUACGAUAGUACGUCUAAGAGGUGAAAUUGUGUUGACUAGUCAAUUAAUCAAUUAAUUAGGUAACAACCACCGUCUAUUGUCAGUGCACUGUGACCACAUUUGCUUUUUUUUUUUUUCCCUUGUGUUUUUCUUGCUACAAAUAAGAUGUAUAUUACUAUAUAUAUAUAUUAGUAUAAUAAUAAUAAUAAUAAUAAUAAUGCUA